UUACCAAAUUUUCACACCAAUUCACUGACUUUCCUCUUUUAAUUUACUCAUUCAUUUUCAUCACCAAAAAAUGGCAAUUCUUUCAGACUACACUGAAGGAGAAAAUCAGGCACAAGCCUUAAAGCCUGUAGAAGAAAAACAACAAGAAAAUAAAGAAAAUGAAGAUCAAGAACAACCCCACAAAGAAUCGACCACUUCUUCUUUAGAACCAAAAGAAGAAGAAAAUAAGAAAUUAAAGCCAAAUCAAUUUAAUGGGCUUGAUAUGGAGAAUUAUACAUGGGGACAAACUCUUCAAGAUGUUACUAUUAAUGUCUCAGUGCCAGCUGGCACAAAAUCAAGAUUGUUAGCUGUGGAUAUCAAGAACAAUUCCAUCAAAGUUGGUCUCAAAAAUCAACCACCAAUUGUUGAAGGUGAACUUCUGGAACCUGUGAAAGCUGAUGAAUGUUUCUGGAGUUUAGAAGAUCAGAAACAGGUGACAAUUCUCAUGACUAAAAGGAACCAAUCUGAUUGGUGGAAGAGUUUGUUCAAAAAUGGACCUGAAAUUGACACACAAAAAGCUGAGCCAGAGCCAAGUAGGCUAUCAGAAUUGGACUUAGAGACAAGAUCAGCCGUUGAAAAAAUGAUGUUUGAUCAAAAACAAAAACAAAAAGGGUUACCAACAAGUGAUGAGAUUCAAAAUCAAGAUCAAAUCAAGAAGAUUAUGGAAGAAAAUCCUGAGAUUGCUAAGCAUUUUGCUAAUUCCCCUGCUAAUGCUAAUGGCAAAGGGGGGAUGCCCAAUGUUAGGAUGAUGUCAAGUGGUGGCGGAAUGAUGCCUGGGAUGAUGCGUUAAUUUUCCACAUGACUUUUUUGUUUCUGGAAGUUUGAUGAGUCGAUCCACUUACAUGUCUUGUUUUUAUUGCUACGUCACAAGUUACUUCAUGUAUUACUUAGCAUAAGACAAUUGUGUUUUAGUUCUUUUUUCUGUUGCUUUUCGAAUUCGUGGAAUUGAAAUUAUGUUCCGAACUGUUUGGAAGCAA